CACUCAUGAUGCAUUGUGGAAUCAUCUACUUAGACCUCUUUUUAACUCACCCUUUACCAUGGUAAUGGACUGAGCCAUAACAACUGCAAACAGAUCCCUUAAGAGGUUAUACAUUGAGGCAAUCGGUUUUUCGUUCAGCUACAUGCACGUGUGCUGUAUCUUGACACUGGCGGAUGAAAAAUAAUGCAUAAUGACGACCACGGGUUGUUCUGCCACAUGUGUGAUGUCGGGUGUAUAGCCUGAAUGGUUAUGGCUUUAUGUACAAGAAUGCAACUUAGUUAGUCACUGAAGUCGGAUGUUGCCUUUUCAUGGAGGGAUAAUACAAAUUUGUUUGUAAGAGAGGAGGGAGAUGUCUUCCCCGUGUGGUUUAGCCUCAAAGGGAGCGGAAAUAAUGCACGGUUUAGAAGUUUGCAACCAUGGCAAGGCGUGAUGUGGCCCAGUUUGAUGACGCCUUUGAGGACGCAGAGAGUGACAUUGUGAACCCUAAAGCGACCCUUGACCCAAGCCUCAACCUGAACGCAAGUGGCUCAGCCCUCCAGAGCAAUGGGGAGCUACCUGAAUCUGAGAAGUCUGAGUCCCAGUGCGGGGAAGAGAUCGGACUGGAGGAGAUGAAUGGUGCUCUCGGCGGAGCUGACGAAGAUCCAACGGAGGAUUAUUACAACAACGAAGACAACAAGGAGGCAAACUGCAAACAAGGUGAACAUUUCAACCUUGAGGUCAACGAAAACAAUUACUACGUGGAGCCAUCAGAUCAGUUUCAAACAGGGGAGGAUAUGACGGAGAGCGAUAACGACCGAGAUUACCAGGAGGAAGUAGAGACGGAAGAGGUGGAAGAUAACCUCAUGAGUGAGGGUCAGUACUACACGGAAGACGCCCCUCAGGAUGAUCAACGCCACUCUGGAGAAGUGGACAGGCUGUCCAGAGAGUGUGACGAAGCAGAAGAAGACAACCUCAUGGCGGUGGUGGAAGAAGGUCUCGCCAUCAGCAACUCCAGGGUGGAGGGAAUGCAAGAUAUGAGCGAUGAGGAAGCAGAAGGUGAAGACUUCUUUGAGGAGGUUGAUGACUUCUAUCCUGGGAACCAGCAGAUUUCCGUCCCAGAAGAAGAGCUACCUCAGUCAGAGCAAGCAGAGAGUGACUCGUACGAUCCCGUACCCCAAGCCUCUCAUCAAAACCCAGCAGCUCAUUUCAUUGACUAUGAUGUAGCAUCGCAGGAAUAUCUGGAGGCGGACAUAAACAUUGAACAAGAGAGAGCCAAAGAGGAGCAGGAAGCUGUGGAGGUGGAAGAGCCUUCACCAGCUCCUGCCAGGCAUGAUUUAAAUGAAGAUCUAGGCAUGCAGCUUGAUCACGGUAACCAGGGUCAAAGUGACUCUGCCGAGGCAGAUCAGGAGGAAUUCCACAACGAGCAUGGCUAUCCGAAUGAGCCCAUGGCUGCUGAAAGCUUAGCCCAUGAACAGCCGUAUAACCAAGCACUAGACUUUAAUAAUGAGAGCCCCCAGGAAAAUAAGUUCAUCAAUGUUGUAUACCCUAAUGUAAAUAGAUAUCCUGAGCAACCGGCAAGCACAUUAUAUACAUCCGAUAGUACUAGUGAAUCAGCUCGGCAACAUGCAAGCAAUCAAGAGGAAGCCCCUCAAAAAACUGUCCGUCCAAAGAGUCCAAGGAGUGCAGGGCGUCCGGCACCACGACCAACUGCAGGAACUCGCAACAGUACUACCGCUCAACCUCAGAGAGGUGUGACACCUCCUCAGGCCACUUCUGCUACUAAACCCAAAGAUGCCCAGCCUACAAAACCGCCUGUAUCUACAGAGCAAUCAACAAGUCAGUCUCCCAGGAGUCCGACCAGACGAGUGCCUACAAGUCGACAGCAGCCAUCAGCACAUACAGCAAUCAAAGCAUCACCACCUGUGAAGAAGCCCCAAGAGAGACGCGAACCUGGCAAGGGUGACAUGAGAGGAGUUGGCCCCGGCCAAGCCCAGAGAAGACAAGCCCCAGAAGCGAAUGUUGCCAUUCCACAAUCUGAGUCAAGUCAGCAGGAUGCAAAUCAAGACAGACCAAAAGAGGCACAGAAGCCAGUUCCAGUUCCGGGCGGAGCGAAGCCGGUUGCAUCCUUGAAGUCACGAUUUCAGGACGAGAUGAAGGAAAUCUUUGACCUGGAGAAGAAUCUGUCAUCCAGUACUUUUAAAAAUCCUGCACAAGAAACGAACUCAAGGAGAACUCAAAUUGGACAAAAUGUUCAGAGUGCACAACCAGGACAGAGAACCAGUCCUGUCCGCACCCGUAAUUAUGAAGAAUAUGCCGCUGUGUCAUCUCUAAGACCUGGAGGAGAAAGAUCCGGCGCAGGGUUAAGUACACCUGGGAGGGCACAGGCAGUAUCACCAACUACAAACCAAACCAUCUCACAGUCGGGGGGAGUUAAGACACAGCCACCAAAGAGGUCAGGUCCUACUUCACCUGCCAACCGAGUCGGCAAUUCCCCACAUAUGCAAGCAACUUUUCCAGAACCUCCUCGGAAUAAUUCCAAUGCUAACAACAUCCCAAGGGCCAACCCUGGAUCUAGUGCCUUGCAGAGGGGCAGGGCUGCUGACAAGUACAGCUUCAACGUGAGCGAGUUACCAAACAGUGCCACCACCGGCGGAGAGGUAGUGUUUGACGACUGUGACGAGUGCGGCGCGUACUUGGACGAGAGAAUGGGUGGCGCUGCCAACCCCGAGGGCGUCACAAAAAGAUUUAGCAAGCCAAUGAAUGGUUCCGUUCCUGCAGAGCGGCCACGGUCACUGAGACGGCGCAACAGCUAUGAGAUGGCUAAUCGAGAAUCAAGCAGUGAAGAGGAUCCAGAUGAGGGAGAGUAUCGAGUAGAUGAAGGGUAUGCAGCAGGCAGUAACGAAGACAGCUACACCCCAUCCCACCAACACCCAUCCAGGAAGGAAGACCUUGCUGUACCCUCUUCAGGUGGGAAGUAUGAUAUAGAUAUCGAUGGCAGCACCGACAGCGACGACAGGCCACCAAUCAUCCCACCAACCGGCGUUGAUGACAACCUCUUGGCCAGACUAGCGGCACGAGAGCUUGCCAAUCUCUGGAAGUCUAAUGACAAGAACAAGCAGAGUGCUGGAUCAGACAGUGGGGUCCAACCAGACAGUAGCAGGCAGUCAUCAGAAUAUUCAGGUCCUAGUCCCCCGACUACACCUCAAGAGCAAGCAGCCGGGGCUAAACAGGACCAGAGGAAGGCCAACAUGCCAAACGUCAGCCCCAUGGAGUAUGAUGUAGUGGGUAUCCGUCUUGCUGGACAUGCAGAGAGCAAUGUCAACACAAGCAAUCUUCCCCCUCACCCAGAAGAAGACCAGUUCUCAGAUGCCGACGAGGAAGAUGAACCCAAGUCUGGCGGGGGCAGCGGCAGCGUCACAACUCCAGACAGCUUCCCAGAGAGGUUCAACUUCAGUCCAGGCUACAAAAACCUCACUCUAGGAAGCCCAGCCACUGGCAGAUAUCCUACAAAGGUCGCCAAGGAACCUUUACCACCUCCUAAACCAGUAGAUGUUAAAGAUGCCAUGAAGGAGCUCCAGCAGGCCUUGUCAACCAGCAAGACGGCUUCCAUGAAGACUCCUUCUUUCUAUGUCCAGGAGCAGCUUCCUCAGCCAAUCUGGGUGAUGCAACCUGAGACAGCACAGAAAGCUGCUGAUGAUGACAGACGGAAAAGGAUUACGGAGGAACGCAAAAGGAGACAAGAAGAGUUACGAGUGCUCCGUCUGAAGCAGCGCGAGGAAUACAUGCAGAGUACUGAUCCUCAGUGCUACCAGCACAUCGCCACCGAUGAGGACGAGGAAACGGACGAGGGUCUAGAGAGCAAACAACUCAUCUCUAAUCAGGAUCAAGCAGGCGGCAACUAUCUGAACAAGCAGCGUCUCAGCAUCGAACCAGACAUGAGGGCUCCAGAUCUACCACCAGCAACAGGCAGAAUCCAGGAAUGUGAGUAUUGUACAUAUGUGUAGUUUAAACAUUUCAAUGAGCUUAUGUCUAAUGGA